GAGUCAUCUUCUCCAGACCCAGGGUGUGUGCAUUUGGUGGGAGGGGGGAGGAGGCAGCGGGAGGAGGACCUUCUGGGUAGACCACAGACUCUCCCUCCACAACCCAUCUCCCUUCCAGACGGGUCCUGACUUAGACACUGUCCCCUCGGAGGGCUACGGACAUUCGACAGAAGGGACUUUGCAACGUUCCUUCCCUCUGGACCAUGGGGGUCCCCCAGGGAUGGCUCUUACAGCUGCUAUGGCUCCUAGUGACCAGCAUCCCAACUGAAGCCAGCCAGGAGAUUGAUUACACCCCAGUCCUCAGCAGGAAGCCUUUGGAAGGACGGUUCACCAGCUCUACAUUUACCCUGGAUCAGCCCAUUGGCCAGUUCAACAGCUCCACCAUCAGUGACACUGAUGACAUAUGGCUCGUGGUUGCCUUCAGCAACGCUACCCAGGACUUUGUAGCCCCUCGGCUGCCCCAAGACAUUCCCCAUGCUUCCACGUUCCUGGACAAAAAAUACUACAUGACUAUUCGGGCCCAUCGGGCGCUCUACUCCGGUGAGAUGAACGCCCGGGAGCUCCACAUCCUCCGGGUGGGCAACCAGACCAACUGCACCGUGAGUGAGUGCAACAAGCCUCUGCCGGGGCCCGGUCCUUACAGGGUGAAGUUCUUGGUGAUGAACAAUAACAAAGGCCCAGUGGCAGAAACAAAGUGGUCCGAGGACAUCACCCUGGCAAAACCGGUGGAGUUCUCUGAGUCCCGUGCCCCAGGCAAGAGUUCGGGUACCAUUGUCAUCAUAGUGAUCCUGGCCAUACUGCUCGCCCUCCUGUUUCUUGCUCUCGUGGCCCUGCUUGUCUACACUUGCUUUGACGUUUGUGGAACCAAGGAGAUCUCCGGCCCACAGGAGACCUUUCAAGUCAAAAAAUACAACACGCACCACGCCUUUAGUCCCUCGGACACCGGGAGAAGCUGAGGAUUCUCAGGGAGGGCAGCUCCCUCACUCCAGGAUGCCUUGUUCCCAUCCCCCGCCCCGCCCCUGUCCUCAUCACCCUCUGGCUCUUCCCACCCUGGAGUAGCUUCCAGUCCGUGGGAACCCCUGUGGCCAGGACCCCUCCAUCCCCUUCCCUGUGGAGAGUCCAUAAUCCUCGUGGGGACGGGGCCCAGUGAGCCCAGAGGGAAUCCUUAGUUCUGCCUCCCUGAACCCCUCUUCAUUCCAAGGAAGGACAUGGCCUCUGAGGUCCCUUCCAGUCUUGGGACACAUCCCUAGAAGGGAUCUCAAAGGUCCUCUCAUUUUACAGGCAGGGAAACUGAGGCCCAGACAGGGACCUUGUUCCAAGUCACCAAGACACAGACUCAUAAGCACAAAGGAUUUUUCAAGGCCCUCUAGUCUAAACAACUCAUUUUAUCACCUGCGGCCAUGAUACCUCGGGCCCUGCCUUCCUCUGGGCUCCAGAUCCAUCCCACAACACACACUCACACCCCACCCCCACCCCCCACCUGCAGGGAUUUGCUCCUCUCACCUACUUGGGAUGAAUGGACACCCCCCAGCCUCAGUCCCUUCUCUUCUAACCAAAUCCAACGGCAGCCAGUGAGCACUGAGCCCCGUGGGGCUGGGGGCCCUGGCCAUUGUGGUGGCCGAGCUGGGGUCACUAGCUUGGGGGGGUUGUUUCUGCAGGGAGUCCCCCCCCAGGGGUCUCUGAGAGCCGGACUGAUCAGAAAGUUUCCUAGACAAAGUGGGAUUUCUUGAUCGCCUGAAACCAGCUCUUUCCCAACCCCCUUUAGCAAAGGGGCCAGCUGGGGAGGGCAAGGGGUUCCAGCCCUGGUGUGUCCUAGCCCCCUUCUCUGCUGCACCGCUCCCUCCCCCCCACCCCCAGUCUCCAGGGAAGUUCCAAAUCCCUGCGGUUCUAUCAUUGGCCAAAGCAAAUGUAUUCACUUCCGAUGGCCCCAGAAAUGCUAUCACGAAUCGCUCCCUGAGAACUGAUUUCUAUGAACUUGCCUGAGGAGCUCCCAUGGUCUGAAUCUGGGAGAGAAGGAAGAGGAGGGAGUGGGAGGGAGAGGAGGAGGAGGAAGAGA